AUGGGGACCCUUAUCGGCCAUGUAGGCCCGGGGUUCGGGUUCCUCAUCAUCGGACUGUGGCAAUUGUUUAACCAUAUCAAGCUCUACUGCCAGCACCCCAAGUCCUACCGCCCGCCCAUCUGGUUUCCAGCCCCGAGGGUGAGACAUCUCGAGCUCUACCUCAUCAUGAUGGGCGGCUGGACCUCCAUACUAAUGGAGCUCUUUAUCGGCCCCUCCCGGCACCAGCCGCUCGAUCCCACCGAUUGGACUAUCCCCUCCAACCACCUCCACAAUUUCGAGCACGCCACGAUCUCCUUUACCAUCUUCGCUUACGCUGCGUUUGCGCUGCACUUCGAUCGUGUGCGUCUGAGAGCUGGUGGGACGCUCUCAUUUCUGCUUGGCGCAUUGGCCUUCGCCGUUGAGCUGCUUCUUUCCUACCUUCACUCCACAGACCACGCCGGCGUGGAGUGGCAGUACCACUGGCUUCUGCAGAUAGCCAUCGCCGUGUCUUUGAUCACGACGGUGAUGGGGAUCCCGUUCCCCCGCAGCUUCGCCGUGGGCUUCGUGAGGUCUGUGAGCGUCGUCUUUCAAGGCGUCUGGUUCAACGUCCUGGGCAUCAUGCUGUACACGCCGAGGUUCAUUCCCAAAGGCUGCUCCCUGGAGACCGACGACGGCCGUUUCGUGGUCCCCUGCAAAGGCCAUCUCUCUCUCCACCGGGCGAAGGCGUUAGUGAACCUUGAAUUUUCCUGGACUCUCAUCGCAGUCGUCGCGUUCUCCAUGUGGUUCUACCUUUAUCUUGCCAAGAAGUACCCGGAGUUGGCGGAGUACGAGUGCCUUGCAGAGAAGGUUGACCAAGAGGACGGGAUCUGGAAGUCGCCAAAGAUAGAGGAAGAGAACCCCGAUAGCUUCGCCGACGUGGGAAAGUGGUUAAAACCAAAAGAUUUGGAAAGAUAA